UUUGUAUUUAAUAUUUUAUCUCAUUAUUGUAAUACAGGUCCAAAAUUAACAACUAGUGUAAGAGUAGAUAAGAUAAAUUAUGCUUUAGGGUUUUUUACCCGUUCUCUUACUUGUUUUACUGAAUUACAUUCUCUAUUUUACCCUAAAGGUGUAAAAGUAAUACCUCAAAACAUAUAUGAUCUAUUAACACCCGUUGCUCUGGCUCAUCUAAUAAUGGGGGAUGGUCAAGCGUUACACCAUGGUCUUAUUUUAUGUACUAAUUGUUACUCAAUACAAGAUGUUGUCAGAUUGAUGAAUGUAUUAAUGGUAAGAUAUGGGUUUGAAUGUACAAUAUUUUUAAAAAAACGAAAUAAAAAAGUUGAGUACAUGAUUUAUAUAAGACAAAAUUCUAUGUUUUUACUGCGAACUAUAGUAAAACCUUAUUUAUGCUCUUCAAUGUUAUAUAAAUUAGAUAAUUCAAAGGUUUACUCUACAACUAAGUGUUCUGUUAUAAAAGAAUUUAAACAAAAAAGAUUAUACUCCAUUAUUAAUAGACCAAAACGGGCUAAUCCUUACUGA